AUGGCUGCAAAUUUUCUGAUCGUGCCUGGUGCCGUUUGCCGGCAGACUAUGAGCGCGGCGGCCAGCGGUGUCUGCCGCCUCCUCGUGGUGCUGGCCAUGGUACUGGUGGGAGGGGGCGAGGCCCGCAGGCGGCGGCCGUGCCCCAGCCUCACCGCCGCAGACCUGGACGCCCGAGAGCUGCUGUUGCAGUACGCCGAGUGGCGCCACUGGAGGGAGCUCGUCAUAUUCGUCAGUCCCACAGCAGGGUGCUGGCUGCCAUCGCUGCUGUCGGUGCUGCACAGCCAGCAGCUGGUGACCGGCCUGCAGCCUCUGGGGACGGGGCCUCUGCAGCUGGCGACUGCGCUGGCCUCUCGCAGGCACCGGGUGGGCGCCGUGCUGCCGCUGCCCACCACCAGCAGGCACCUGGACGAUCUGCUGCAGCAGGCUUCCGAUCAAUUGCAGUUCAACAGCUAUGUGUCGUGGUUGGUGCUGCGCCGAGCGCAGCCGAAUGCCUCCCAGCCACUGGUAGAGCGCUUCAGGUACCUCAACUUGGCGCUGGACAGCGACGUCGUGCUGGCUGAACUCCACACACCAGAGACAGCAAUACGCAGGCCCGCAGCUUGGGCGCAGCUGCUGCAGGUGUACAAGAUCCGGCCAGCGCUCAACUCGUCCCUGGUGGUGGUACCACUGGGCCGCUGGGACCGCGCCAACGGAACCGCCGCGCUCGCCAGCCCCAGGGCACUGGAGGCCAGGGGAGAUCUGCAGGGACUGCCGCUGCUGGUUGGCGUGAAGAAUGCGAGCGCGGCGGCGGCGGAGGCGGUGGGCGGCGCGGGCGGCGUCAAGGACCUCAAGACGGCCAGCGUCGACGACGACUCGGACGACGCCCGCAACCUCAUCGACGUCAUGGAGUUCGUCGCGCGCUCCCUCAACGCCAGCUACGAGCUGGUGGCGUUCCCGAUGCUGGGCUGGCGCAACAGUGAGGGCGCCUGGCUGCACCUGCUGGGCGCCGUGACGCGGGGCGCCGUCGACGUCGGGCUCGACAACGUCGUCAUCACCAAGGAACGCGCGCGCGACAUGUUCUUCUCCUUCCCGCUCGUCGAGUCCAUGAAGAACAUCUACUUCCGGCGGCCGGAGGGCGGCGCGCUGCGCGACAUCUUCCUGGCGCCAUUCAGCCCGCGGCUGCUGGCGUGCGUGGCCGCCACUGGCGCGCUACUGGCGCUAGCAGCCGCUGCCGCCACUGCCGCUGGCGUGGGCGCCGGCCUCGCGGACCGCCGCUGGGGCGCGGGGGAGGCUUUCGUCUGGAGCAUCAGCGUCCUCUGCAUGCAAGGCAGCACGUGGAACCCGCGGACGGCGUCCGGCAGCCUGGUGCUGAUGUUCGGGCUGGUGUUCGCGCUGGUCAUGUACAACGCGUACGCCGCCUUCAUCACGUCCGUGCUGUCCGUCAGGGUGGCCUCCAUCCGCGGCCUCGACGACCUGCUGCAGAGCGACUUCCAGUUCGGCUACACGCUGGCCGGACAGGGCGAGAUGUUCCUCAGGACGGCGAACGACUCGCACCUGCGACGGCUGUACCUGCGCGGGCUUGUGGGCAACACGGGCGUGCACGACGCGUCCGAGGGCCUGCGGCGCGCCGUGCGCGGCGGCUACGCCUUCUUCGUGAGCUCGCGGCUGGCCCGGCGCGCGCUCGCCUUCACCGUGGAGCUGCAGCGCCGCUGCGACGUGCGCGAGCUGCCCGUCGAGGCCACCCGCUCCUCCGUCGCGCUGCCCAUGAGCCGCACCUCGCCCUUCCGCCGCCUGCUCAACCUCAGCCUGCUGCGCAUGCGCGAGGCGGGCGCGCUGGCGCGUGCGCGCGAGGCGCUGCUGCCGCCGCUGCCGCGCUGCCACGACGAGUCGGCCUUCAACUCGGCGCGGCUGGCCGACGUCUACUCCGCCUUCCUGCUGCUCGGCUUGGGACUGAUGGGCGCCGCGGCGCUCGCCGUCGCGGAGUUCGUCUGGAAGCGGCGCCGCCUCCUGCGCAGGCUGCGGCACACUCUCUGCGGCGACGCCGACGGCGACGCUGCGGAAAUGUUGCGUCCCGUGGCGGCCGCGGUCGGCGCCCUCCCCACGGGGAGCAGGUGUCCGGCCAUGGCGCUGCCCCGCCCCUCCGUGCAGUGGCUCGGUUAA